AUGACCGACAUCGAGCGCGAGGCCAAACGGACAAGGACCAAGGAGGCGAGACUGCCCAAGCAUCGCCAGCCCAACCGGGUUGUUUGUAAUCUGCGACACUUGAAACUGGCCCGCAAGCUGGCUGCUACCCGGCCGCCGCGGCUGGAACAGUGGGUGAGCACAACGUGGCCGCUGAGCGUCGACGAUGCGCCGCGGCAGGCUGGGGACAUUCCGCUCAAUCGCGACUUGCCGCCGGGCCUUCUCGGACGCGCUGACGAACUUGCCACCAUCGACGAUGAUCUCAUCUUUGACAACGAGUUGUACGAGUUUGCUGUCCCGCUCCCGCGGUCGCGGGUCCUACAGUCGCCGGUUAUUACUGCGCCCGUCGUCGCCCACGACUUUGCCUUGGUCUCGGAAGAGCUGAAGAAGCGCGAUGUGGUCGGUGACCCACGGGUCGGCUUCACCCCGGUCCUCGCUCGAGAUCUGGCCGAGGUGCGAGUCCAAGAGAUGAUCCAGGGCUUGGCGUCGGAAAAGGCCGCCCACGCCGACGCCCUGCCGGCCGUCACUGCCCUCGUCGACGAAGUGUGGGACGAGCUGGCCAAGGCGCGCGUCUCCGAUCCUGCAACCCGCGCCCGCGCCUGCGUGCUUGAUGGUCCACUGAGGGCCUUUGCCGCCAUGCGCCUUGAGGCUGUCAUCCGCGACACCAUCGCCGCCACCUUUCUAACCCUCGCCCAGGACCGCGUCCGCACUGGAAAGCGGGCCCACCCGGUCAACGUCGUCGGCGCUCCCGUCCACCGCCCGCAUGCCAAAUUUCUCGCGCCUGACCGCCUCGAUCCGGCGUGUUCGCCGCUCGAGCGCGCACGGCGCAUGCUUGUCGAGCAUCCUCGCGUUGUCCUCCGCGCCGCCCAGCUCCACACCAACCACCACGCGCCCGAAGACCUUGAGGCCAUGCGUGCCGCCAUGGAGACUCUCUACGACGAUGGCCGCGCCAUGGUUGUCCCGCAGGCUUUUGUCGACCCACGCCGCAACAUCCCUGGUGCCAUGGUCUCGGACGACGGCGACGACAGCGACGACGAAGCGGUCUCCGAGGCUGACGAAGAGACCGACGAGUACGAGGAGAACGAUGAUGACGACGACGAAGACGAUGAAGCCGACGACGAGCCGGAAGCCGAUGACGACAAGUCCGUGGGUGUGUUUGACAGCAACGACGACGGCGCCAGCUCAUCGUCGUCGUCUUCAUCGUCCUCAUCGUCGUCAGACACCACCACCACAACAUGAAACACGCUUUAUCCGCC